UUUUUUUACCCCACACAGCAAACGGAACGAAAGGGGAAGUUUUUAGAGGAUGGACCCAUCUCGGGUCAUGCGGGUGGAGAAGGCGGGAAUGGCGGAAUCCAUGCAGGAAGAUUUGGAAUCUCUGGCCCGCGGGGGCUUUCGGUGUCGCCUCUGUCACGUGACGGUGGCCAAUAAACCCAGCCUGGAUGAUCACCUUCGAGGGAAGAAACACCAGCGUCUGGAAAGCCUCCGCUCAGUUCGCCAGGCCCAAGAGCUUCGCAGUGUUUUUGUCAGCGGCUUCUCCAAGGGGACACCAGCCUCAGAGCUGAGCGACUACUUCCAGGCCUAUGGGGAGGUCAUCAAUGUGGUGAUGGACAAGGAUAAGGCCCCCCAGGGUGUCUAUGCCAUUGUCGAGCUACAGGACAAGGAGGUCCUGGAGAAGGUGCUGGCCCAGCCCCAUCACAGCCUGGGGGGUCAGAAGCUGCGUGUCAAGCCCCGGGAGAAGAAAGACUUCAAAUACACCCAGCCCAGGAAGCAGGGGUCUGCCAAGCGAGAGCAGCUGAGCCCCAAGAAAUUGGCACAAGAACUGUGCCAAGCCGAUGAUGUGGAUGCCCAGAUGUCUCUGCUGGUGCAGCAGUUUGAGUUUUCAGAGGGGGAACGGCGUCUGCGGGAUUUGCUGGUCACUCUCUUCCAGGAAGUAUUCUUAGAAUUUUUCCCUGGCUCCGCCAUUCUUCCCUUUGGCUCCUCGGUGAACGGCUUCGAUGUCUCUGGAUGUGACCUGGAUUUGUUCCUAGACCUUGAGAAGACCAAAAAAUUCCAAGCUUCUACCAAGAGUCCUGCUGAGCCCCUGGCUGAGGAUGUAGCCAGCCCUGAGCCAGACUCACACUCAGAGGAUUCAAUCUUGAGUGACAUUGACCUUGCCUCAGCCACGACGCCUGAGGUUCUUGAGUUGGUCGCCACUGUGCUACAGAAGUGCGUCCCAGGUGUCCACCAUGUCCAGGUUGUGCCAAACGCCCGUCGUCCGGUUGUCAAGUUCUGCCACAAGGAGUCUGGCCUGCGUGGGGACAUCUCCAUUGAUAACAAGCUGGCGCUCCGCAACACACGCUUCCUGCAGCUUUGCACCGAGACAGACGAGCGGGUGAGGCCAUUGGUUUACGCUGUGCGCCACUGGGCAAAGCAACAGGCAUUGGCAGGGAACCCAUUUGGUGGUGGCCCCCUCCUCAAUAACUAUGCUCUGACUCUGCUGGUGCUCUUUUUCCUGCAAACCCGCAACCCUCCAGUCCUCCCCACAGUUGCCCGCCUGAAGGAACUGACAGAGAAUGAGGAACAAACCGUGGUGGAUGGCUGGGACUGCAGCUUCCCCAAGGAUUUGACCCGGCUGGAGCCGAGCAGUAACACAGAAAACCUUUGCACCCUGCUGGCUGAGUUCUUUCAUGUUUUUGGAGACUACAACUUUGCAUCCUGCAUGAUCUCACUCCGGGAAGGCCAGCCGCUGCCUCUGCCUGGCGUCCUGGAGUCCACAGUAGGCAGCAAACUCAAGCUGGGACCCUUCAACCUCCAGGACCCCUUCGAGCUGAGCCACAAUGUGGCCGCCAACGUCAACGAGAAGACGGCACUGCGGUUUCAGCGUUGUUGCCAGGCGGCUGCCAAGUACUGCCGUAGUUUGCAGUACCAGCGCAAAUCCAGCAAAGGCAAGAUCUGGGGCUUGGUGCGCCUCUUCCAGCCAGGCACUGCCGAGGCCGAGACCCCGGCUGCCACCGGGCUCGUCAUCAGCCUCCCCCUGACUCUGGCAUCGCUGCCUGCCCAGACCCGCAAGCAGCUGAGCCAAGCUGGGAAUAUGCAUCAGUGCUGGUUCCAGAAAGUCUGUUCUAGCAUCGCCUUUGUCUUGAAGGAUGUACUCAGAUGUGACUGCUUGGAGGCACAAGAGGGGUCAGAGCGGGAAGGAGAAGCGGUCACCGAAUGUAAACAGAGAGAACAGCAGACAGAAGCGGAUGCUGAACAGCCAUCGUCGGCAGGGCACAAGCGCUCCCUGGACGAAGAGGAAGCAGAUUUAUCUUCUCCUGCCCCUAAGAGGCUGCGAACAGAUACUCUGUCCCCAGAGGGGGAAAGCAUGACUUGGAACUGUGCCAUGUGGCGCAGGGUGUGGCUGGGACGCCGCCGAGUCAGGCGACAGCUCCGCGGGCCACAACCCAACUCACAGUGCGCAGCUGGUUCUCUGGAGCUGGAGGCAAAAGUAUCUGAGGCCAUUUCCCAACAGGAAGGAGAGGCAAGACCCACAGAUCCUUUGCUGCAGUUCACUGUUCAUGCCCGAACAGGGGCUGAUUCUUCGGGUGAGCAAGGUAUGCGCAUCAGUUUGUGCUUUGAGCCGGCUCCCGAGCAGGCAGCUGCCUUCCAAGAGUUCUUCCACUUCUUGCAAGGGUUCUUGCCCCGAGCAGUGGAGCAGCACGUGGUGAGUGCGACCUGAGCUUACCGAGAGGGGUAAUUUGCACAGAGGGCAUUUUUACCCCAUUUGACUGGGGGGCUGAUUUGUAUAGAGUAUUUUUCCCCUUUGUGAGAAUGAAAGGAAAGAGUUAAUGACAAAACUGAAAGGCAAUGUGAUUCCCAGUCUUUUUGGCUAUGCAUAAUUUCAUUUUUAUGAACCUGUGAUUCAUAUGAAUAUCAUUAGGUUCCCUUUAGAAGUGCUUUCCACUGGUUAGAUUUCGUAGGCUAAAAAACAGGGAGGAUCUUGCCAGUUCAUGACCCACUGGAGAAACUUACAAUUUGUGAUCUGAUGGUACUGACUUUUCCCUUUCAGUCAUCCCAGAAUUCACAGGUACACUGCCUCUUUACAAAGAAGUUCUAUUAUCAAAGAAUACCCGGACUGGUUCAUAUUGUCAAUAUUAUUUUUCUUUGUUUAGUGAACUUGGACAAGGAGGUUAUUCUAUUGCUGUACAAGAGCAAUAAAGUCAUCUGUUCCCUGUAAAAAAUAAAGACGUUCCAUUAAUUUA